AGAGCCUGGGGCCGGGGCGCCGGGACGCAGCCGCAGAGCCCAUGUGCCCGCAGCCCCCACCGCCUAUGGAGGUGAUGGAGGGGCCCCUCAACCUGGCUCAUCAGCAGAGUAGAAAAGCAGACCGGUUGUUGGCAGCAGGGAAAUACGAAGAAGCAAUUUCUUGUCACAAAAAAGCAGCUGCAUACCUUGCUGAAGCCAUGAAGCUGACACAAUCCGAGCAGGCUCAAUUAUCACUGGAAUUACAAAGGGAUAGUCACAUGAAACAGUUAUUGCUCAUCCAGGAGAGGUGGAAAAGGGCAAAGAGAGAGGAAAGGCUAAAAGCCCAACAGAAUGCAGACAAGGAUAUAGCUGCACAUCUUCAGACCUCUUAUAAACCAUCAGCUGAAGAAUCUGAAGACCACAACAUAUUGGUUCCUGUUACUCAGAAAUACAGUCCUUCUGCAAAUAAGCAUCUACAGGAAACUCAGGGUGUCUUUGACAGGGAGCCAGAUACACUAUUAUUUCUGCUUCAGAAAAGAGAGGAGCAAUUGGAAGUGUGUAUUGGGAACAAAGCCCCAAAAGAUGACAAAACAAUAAUAGAGGAGCAGGCAACCAAAAUUGCAGAUUUGAAACGGCAUGUGGAAUUUCUUGUAGCUGAAAAUGAGAGAUUAAGGAGAGAAAAUAAACAGCUAAAAGCAGAAAGGAUUAGACUCCAAAAAGCUCCAGUAGAGAAGGAGUUGGAUGUAGAUGCUGAUUUUGUGGAGAAGUCAGAGUUAUGGGGCCUACAACAGCAUUCAGAAACUGCUACUACUUCAGCCUCAACUUGGCAGAAGUUUGCAGCAAGUGCAGGGAAGGCUAAGGACAUUCCAAUACCUAAUCUUCCUCCGUUGGACAUUCCAUCACCUGAACUCCCUCUACUGGAGCUCUCUGAAGAUAUACUGAAAGGACUUAUGAACAGCUAAACGAAGACCAUGAGAAGUGCUCAUGAAAGGUAGUUAAGCAAAUGAGAAAAGGGAAAACCACCAGGACAAUGAUGAUCCAAGGGCAGCCAACAUCUAACACAAUCUUACUGUGCGAGAAAAGGCAUUACAGCAACUGUCACUGUGAAAUACACUUAAUCAUAGAGCUUAAGGGUACCAUAAAUUGGUAAAUGCAAGCUCUUGCGUCUUUCUCCUGACGUUUCAAACCAAAUGACUGCUUGGAAAACAUUUCAAACACAAUCCUUCAGGGUUUUGAAGUAAUGCUAUGUGUAAUAAGUAUCUAUAAUGCCAUAAACGAUGCAGAACUUAACUUAUGGUUGCCAGAUGGCUGCCACUUCAGCUUGAAAGAUGCUUUCUAUCAUGCAUUCAGAUUGUAAGCAUUUCAUUAUGCACAAUUUUGUUAAUGGAGAGGUGUAUAAGUUACACUAUAUCUAGAUGGAUCGAUGUGCCACACUCUUGUCUCCUGACAAUAUUAACCUCAGAUUAAUCAGGAGAAAUAUAUAAACUUUCUAUGGAGGAACCAAGUUAUUCGUUCUGUGGGGAAUUUUUUAGAUUUUGUUUACAUAACUAAUCAAGGUGCAUCAAAUUUAACUCUGGGUUUCUAUAUAAAAAAGUUACAUUGCUUAAAAAACCUGAGGAAAAAGUAUCCUGUUCUUCAGAGGUGCAUGAGUGGAAGUAAUGCUAGUGGGCAGUAUUUAAUUGCACAAAGGAAAUAUUUGUUUACAUCUGUAAAUCAGUCACCAAGGCUAUGAAAAUAAAAAACU